UCUUGAGUCCACGACCUCUACACCGCAAUACGAUGGACUCAAGCAUCAAUUUUUCUCUGAACUUUAGUGAAAAUGGUAGUCGUCGAUCCAAGCAUUAUCGCGAGGUCUGAGAGGCUGCUCAUCAGGCCUCUUGUCAUGGACGAUGCGGAAGACAUUGUAUUAAUGCGGUCCAACCCGGAAGUUAUGAAGCAUACACCCUUGAAACCCACCAACGACAUCGAAAAGUCUAAAGAAUGGAUCCAGGGCUGUCACGACCGUGAAAACUGCUGGAACUUUUGCAUCGAGCUCCUUCCCUCCUCAUCCUCAUCCUCAUCCCCAACUCCAACUCCAACUCCCAUCACAGGACCCCGCGUCAUCGGCAUGAUUGGAGCCGUUCGUGCCCCUGAAGUGGGAUAUAUGCUGAACCACAAUUACUGGGGCAAGGGAAUUGCAACAGAAGCUCUUCGAGCUUUCAUGCCGCUGUUCUGGAACCAUUAUUCUGGCGGCAAACAAGGCAGGUUUGAGUAUGCAGAAGCUCAUACGGACCCGGAGUUGGUUUCGAGCCAGAAUGUGCUGAAGAAGGCCGGGUUUGAGUUGUUCGAGGUUAGGGAGAAGGAUUUUGAGAAUCCGAUUUUGGGGUUGAGGGAUACUAUGGUGUUUAGGAUGGUGAGACCGGGGAGUGGUAAUGGGGAGAGGGCUCCUGCUGCAGCAUCCUAGGAUGGAACUGUGGACUACUGGCCUUUGCGGAUAUGAGAUGGAGCUGAAGGCAUAUUCGAAAAGUAAACAUGGAUUGGAUUAUUGUUCUGGCUUGUUGCUAGAAUUGCGUACUCUAUGGAACGGAUACAGACCCCUGGCGUGUUUUUCAUCGUUCUGAGAGACUACGCCUUCCUUGCCACACCUGGGUACAUCCGUUUACCUAAGUAGGUGCAAUAGUAGAGGAGCGAUGUGGACG